UGAGCCUGCAUCAACACACGGGAGUACCUACUGAUAAGGUAAUAGGAAUCGGCAGUAUACUAACUAAACUAGACGUUAAUGAUGAGCUUUUGAGGCUACGAGGCCAUAUCCCAGAAGAGAUUACCAAAUUUGAGAGCUUAGGUAUAAGUAGUAUAAGAGAUGCAGUGAAUGAUGUUAUAGGGAAGUGUACUAAAAUAGAACUUGUGAAGGGUGGUAAAAUACCAGAUGAGUGCGUCAAUGAUGAUGGCUACUCUGGUAGGUUUGGAUCACAGAUAAUUGGAUCAGUAGCCGGUAGCGGAUGGGGACAUCUAUCACACAAGUAA